GGGGAUUUCUGUGUGCCUGUGGCAAUAGUAACAUAUAGGCCUCCAAUGCUAACCAAGCAGAAGAGCAUAUUACUUGAAGAAUGUAGCAAUGAAUUAGUUGCCCUUGAAUAGAAAGGCAUUAACAGCUGUAUGUUUCAGGAGAAAAUGCUAGAAAGACAAUAUUAUUUUGUGCACAACCUCUGGAAUCCAAUUCAUGGUAUGUAAAUGAGGGACUACGAGAAAUCCUCACUACGGGGAUGUCUAACUGAAGGACUAGGUAAUAUAGGGGUUGUUUCAGUUGUAAUUGUGACUGCAAAUUGUAUGGAAACACAUGAAUUAGUUAUGUUCUCCGAAUGAUAAUAUUACUGAAAGAGCAUGAUCCUUCCUAGCUGUUGGCUGAUACACCAUGCAAACUUCUUUUGGUUUUGAUCGUGGAUGGUUCUCAUGUGGUUGCUGAUACAUCAUAUGCUGAAGUGGUGGAAGUCAUGAAAAUGUGCAUGCCACUGUUACUACCGGCCUCUGGUGUCAUUCACUUUGUCAUGUCUGAGGGUCAGGCCAUGCAGGCGAGUGGCCUCAUAGCAAGGUGGGAUCUUGUUGGCCCAUCUUCUGGUAGGAGCGCUGAACCAUUUCAUGGCACUUUUCCAAAACUUGAACCUCCAACUGCUAUUUCUGGCAAAGUUCAUCAAAAGUUUGCUGCAAGUGCGAAUUCUGCGCACAUGAUCCUUGCAGGAUAUGAACGUAGUAUCAAUCACGUAAGAAAUACAAUUCUUUCACUGUAUAGUUAUUCUUCCACUUUUGUUUCCCUUUGUCUAUCUCGUUGCCACUUUCCUCGUCUACAGAGUGAAACUAACAUCUUAAUUUGUGGCAAACUGUGCUAUCUUUCUUCAAUCAAUAGGUUCCUGGCUGUGCCUUCUCUUUCAGGUUGUACAAGAUUUGCUAAACUGCCUAGACAGCCCUGAGCCCCCUCUUCUACAGUGGCAAGAACUCAUGUCCGUUUUGGCAAACCUGACUCCUGGAAGAUCUUAGGAAUGAUGUGAUUAAGUGUCCUACUUUUUUUUUUACAUGUCAUCACUCAAUUUUUCACUUUGGCUGCAUAUAUCAAAUGGGUAACUAAUCUGCCUGUACUCAGUUGGAUAGUGGAAAACCAAUGAAUUGAAAAUAAUAAAAAAAUUGAAAAUUGAUCAUACCAAUUGGAAAAAGUUUGAGAUAAUGGGAAAAAUUGUGAAUUCGAAAAAAGUUCAUGAUUUAAAAAAAGUUUAUGAAUUUAAAAAAAUCAUGAAAUUAUAUAAAGUUCAUCAAUUCGAAAACUAGUUCAAAAUAGUUAAUUGAUUUGAUAAAACGUUCAUCAAUUUGGACUUAAAAAUAACGAAUUUGGAAAUAGUUCACGGGGUAUUGAAAAAAGUUCAUCAAUUUUGAAUUAUAAAAAUCAUGCAUUCGAAAAUAGUUCACCGGCUUUUGAAAAAAAGUUCACAAAUUUAAAAAAAUCACUAAUUUUGAUAAAAUAGUUCAUCGAAUUUUGAAAAAAAUUCAUUGAUUUGAACAAAAGUUCAUCAAAUUUGAAAAAAGUUCAUAGGAUUUUUAGAAAAAUUUCACCGAACUCAAAAAAAGUUCAUCGAUUUUGAAAAAAAUUCACCGACAUUGAUUUGUUUUCUCAAAUUUGGAAAAUGUUCAUCGAAAUUGAAAAAGUUCAUCAAUUUUGAAAAAGAGGUCAUGGAUUUUUGAAAAGAAAUAGCAAAAAUCGCAUUUGCAAAAUAAACAGAAAACAAAAAAUAAACAGAGAAAAGUAAGUAAAAGAAAAAAUCCAUAGGCAUUGCGAUCUAUAGAAAGAAUGAAAGGCAAAAAAGAUGUAAAUUGACACAUGCGGGUUGUUGUCCGAGUGGUUUUCGGAGAGAGGAGGAAAAUCGGUGGGAGGGAGAUCGCAGGGUAGGGCCAUAUAUCGAUCGAUGGAAGGGUGGGAAACGAACGAAACCAACGAACGACCUACGUUCUUGAGACAUUAAGAGUAGAGAUAUAGUACUUUCACAAUAAGAUUUGUUUUUCAUGUUUAACUUGUUAAUUUCCUUAAAAUCCAUUAUUUGUUUUCCUAAAAAUCCAUUAUUUGUUUUCCUAAAAAUCCAUUAUUUGUUUCCUAAAUACUUGUUAAUGAGAGAUCGGUUGAUUUCGAUAAGUUAGGAAAGUUAGAUUUGUGAUCUUUUCUACGUUAGGAAAGUUAUGAUUUUUUGAAAGAAAAGAGUGGAGAGAAAUAAACCAAUAAAAUAGAAAACCAGUGGGAGGGGGUGAUGUGAGGUGGGACGAAAAAAAAUCGUACCAGGCUACCAAGUGCUCCAUUAAAAGUAGAGAUUUUUAUACAUAUGAAUUUUAACAUGUAUUAUAUUUAUAUGUAACUUCGGCAAAUUAUUUUAAGUGCCCGUGGCAAGGCACGGGCAUUCUACUAUGACUUUAAAUGACAUGGUAGCUGCAUAUAGCCAACAAUUAGCUAUACUAUUAACCAUGAUCUAAGGCUAGUAUACAUGAGAUCAUACUUUAUUUUAUAAAUAUACUUGUUUUUUCUGCGAAUAAACAUAUUGUUAGCACGAUGAAUAAUGUCAUGUACAUGUGUGGGCCCCUGUGCUAGUUUGUCAAACAAUUUGUUCAUUGCAAGUAACGAAAUUAUUUCGCUCUAGUCAUAGUUUGUGUUCACCGUGGCCAUAUAUUUUUUGAUCGGGUCCUUAUCUACUAUGAACAAAAAUAGAAGUUCUAUGAACCAAAUAAUUAUACAAAUGGACAACUUCUUUUGUUACCGAGGACCCUUUUCUUUCCUCAAAAACAUUAAAAAAUAUAAGAAAAAGAAAAGAAGUACGAAGACAACGUUUAUGUUUUCUGGUGGUUGGAAGGUUUUUAUUUUCUGUUUUGAUCUGGCGGCUUCUGCAUGCAGGCGCGCGUGACUUGAUUUUCUCCGGUGGUUGCGCCCUCAAUAUCGGGUGGUGCAGCGAGGACAAGUAGUAGAUCUUUGGCUGCGCCAUCUUGGCAACAGGCAAUACGAGCAAGUUGAUCCAGAUUCCGCCGGCCGGCGAUGAUGAACCGCCGGCUUGUGCAUCUGGUAGCCCGCGCCACCAUCGGCGGCCGCCAAGCCUACACGCUGCACCCCAUCGAUCCGUCGACCUUCUUCCAUGACCGAACGAAACCAAGCGGCGCCGACGAUGGAACGGCGACGAUGGAGGAAUUCCAGCCGCCCCCACCGGCCACGACCUUCCUCGGACCCGACACGGAACCCCAAGACAUGGAUUUCAUGCCCGUCGGCCGCGGCGGCGAGAAAGGCGUCCUCGCCGUGGACUGCGAGGGUUGUGCCGCCCUCUACUCCGCCUCAUCGCAGACCCUGAGCACCAUCCCCACGCUGCGCGCUCCAAAGGUCCAGCCCAUCUUUUUCCCCGUCGGUGACAGCCGCCUGUACGUCAUGGACCGGAAACCUCGGCGAGACCCCCGCCGCUGCUUCGUGGCCCUCAUCCGUGGGCGCGAAUCCGGCCUCCGCUGUCGGAUGGCAUGGCACUGGCGAUCUCUCCAGCCGCCCCCCUACCUGCCCCCGACCCGCUGGGACGACGACGACGACGACGACGACUCUGACUUGAACGAUGACAGGCAAGCCAUGGUAGACGACGGGUCCAAGUCCAGUAUGGUGGUGGAGGGCGAGCUGGGCGACAUAGCGGGGCACACGGUCGUGGGCGACUCGAAGAUCUGGAUAUCCACGGCCGGCGCCGGCACCUACACCUUCGACACGGGCAGGCCCGUCGAUGGAGGGGCCAAGGUGGGCGACCGCCGAGGGCCCCCCAAAAUUUGGGGCCCCCAAAUUACUGGGUAUUAGUAGGAUGUGUAUCAAUAUAAUCACAUUUUACCAUUUAAUCCAGCGGCAAGGCCUAAGCAAAGUACGCAGCAA